AUGUACGUAAGCCUCUACCCGUACGGAUACCCUACGGCAGGUCUACCACCACCACAAGCAACAGCACCACCGCCAACAGCAACUGUGCCUUCGGAGUUUACAACACCGUCCACGUUCUUCACCACAACUGGACAACAUUUUGCGGGUUUGAACCCCCAAGAUCUGUUUCUGCCCUAUUUUGGAGCCUUUCCUGGUCUGAACGGGGUCCCGUCUGCAGGUAUACCCCAGCAACAGAUCCAGCAACCCCACUACCUCACCAGCACUCAGUCAUCAGUCUCCCCACUUGUGGUCUGUAGAAAGAGAGGCAGUGAAGAACUCAUGUCUCACGUUACUUUGCUCGCUAACGGAAAUGGGCUCAGUCCCAUACACUCACCCACAGACAUCGCCGACGCUAAGAAGGCUAAAUUAGAUGGCUCCACUAGCCAUCCUUCACGAGUGGUCCAUGUUCGAAACCUCCCACUUGAGGCUGGGGAAACAGAUGUUGUCCAGCUUGGCUUGCCCUUUGGGAAGAUGACCAAUGUCCUUGUGUUGAGGCAGAAGAACCAGGCUUUCCUGGAGUUUGAAGAUGAAGCUAGUGCUGUUGCCAUGGUGAACUAUUUUCUAACCAAUCCAGCGCAAGUUCGCCUCAAGCCAGUCUACGUUCAGUUCUCCAAUCACAGGGAGCUCAAAACUGAUCCGUCUCAUGCUGCACAG